GGUGAAAACAUAAUUCACCGCGGCAAACAAACGUAGAACGUAGUAACACCGCACGCCGCGUGAGAGAUUUGAAAUUGCUUGAAAUUUUGCAAAAUUUAUUUAAUUAUCAAUAAUGAAGAUUGAGGAGGUGAAAAGUACGGCAAAAACCCAGAGAAUUUCUGCACACACGCAUAUUAAAGGUCUCGGUCUUGACGAGAAUGGUAUUGCAAUUCAGAUGGCUGCCGGUCUCGUCGGCCAAGAAAUGGCAAGAGAGGCUGCUGGUGUUGUCGUCGAUAUGAUAAGAUCGAAGAAAAUGGCUGGGCGAGCAGUCCUGCUUGCAGGACCACCUGGAACAGGGAAAACAGCAGUUGCCCUUGCAAUAGCGCAGGAACUGGGUAACAAAGUGCCAUUUUGUCCGAUGGUUGGUUCCGAAGUAUAUAGUUCAGAGAUAAAAAAAACAGAGGUACUUAUGGAAAAUUUUCGACGAGCUAUUGGGUUGCGAAUAAAAGAAACCAAAGAAGUCUACGAAGGUGAAGUAACGGAGCUGACGCCUGUGGAAACUGAGAACCCAAUGGGCGGCUAUGGAAAGACAGUUUCCCAUGUGGUUAUUGGGUUGAAAACUGCUAAAGGAACAAAACAGUUGAAACUUGAUCCAUCUAUAUACGAAUCUCUCCAAAAAGAAAAGGUUGAGACCGGUGAUGUAAUUUAUAUCGAGGCAAAUAGCGGGGCUGUGAAACGACAAGGACGUAGUGACAAUUUUGCAACGGAAUUUGAUUUGGAGGCAGAGGAAUACGUGCCUUUGCCCAAAGGUGAUGUGCAUAAAAAGAAAGAAGUUAUCCAGGAUGUCACGCUGCAUGAUUUAGAUGUCGCUAACUCUAAACCACAAGGAGGACAGGACAUCAUGUCAAUGAUGGGACAACUCAUGAAGCCCAAGAAAACUGAAAUCACCGAUAAACUGCGGAAGGAAAUAAACAAAGUUGUGAACAAGUACAUCGAUCAGGGUAUCGCAGAACUGGUACCUGGAGUUCUGUUUAUAGACGAAGUACAUAUGCUGGAUAUUGAGACAUUUACAUAUCUCCAUCGUGCUUUAGAAAGUGCAAUUGCUCCAAUAGUUAUAUUUGCAACAAACCGUGGUCGUUGCAUCAUCAGAGGCACAGAAGACAUUGCUUCGCCACAUGGAAUACCACUCGAUUUACUCGAUAGAUUACUAAUCAUAAGAACUUUGCCAUACUCAAGAAAGGAAAUUGAACAGAUUGUUAAAUUGCGGGCUACGACGGAAGGCUUACAAGUUGAAGACGAAGCUUUGCAAACUCUGGGUGACAUUGGAACUAGGACAACGCUAAGAUAUGUCGUUCAGUUGCUUACACCAGCUGCAUUAACUGCCAAAGUUAAUGGAAGAACUGUGAUUAAGAAAGAAGAUGUUGAGGAAGUCGGAGCUUUGUUUUUGGAUGCUAAAUCAUCGGCUAAAAUCCUGACACAGCAUAAAGAUAAAUACAUGAAAUAAACGUGUUGCGUUGUUAAUCCUGAGACUCGAAUAUUAUUGAACAAAUUUUUAGAUUCGACGUGGUUAUUUUGUUUCUGAACACAAUUAUAGCAGUUUUACAAUUAGUUUCACAUGACUUUUCUGAAUGAAAAGACUAUCACGAAAGAAUACACAUUCGCCAGAGAAAAUACAACUUAUAUAAAUGUGUUCCAAUUACCAAUAUGUUGUAAAUUUAAGAUUCCCAUAAUUGUGAAUUGCCUGCAAUUUUCCAGUUUUAUGUACUUCAUAUUUAGAUUGUAAUAUGUUAUGAUCCAUAGACCAUGUCAAUAAAAUUCUUUCAUAUCCUGCGAA